UUAAUGUUCGAUAAGAGCUAGUUGAAGAGAGUAGCAAUUUCAUGGAUGAGGAUGGUUUAUCGAACACAAACCGAGAAAUUUUUCCAGCUCAAGGGCCAACCCUUCCAAUAUUGCAGAAGAUUAUAUGUUUGAGCAAUAAGAUUCAGGAUUUGAAGAGAGAUCACUCAAGUCUUUCAGAUCAAGUGAAGAACAUGAAUACUGAUUGUUUUCCUGGCCCUGGUGUUUUAGACAAUCUUCAGAAUCUCAGUAAUGAAUAUGAGCUUUUAAAAAAGAAAUACAUAGAUGAGUCCUCUGAACAAAAGUGGCUUUACAAUGAAGUGAUUGAGCUGAAAGGCAAUAUUAGGGUCUUCUGCCGAUGUAGACCUUUAAAUCAAGCUGAAAUUACUAAUGGGUCCAGUUCUAUUGUUGAAUUUGACUCUUCUCAAGAAAAUGAGCUACAAAUAUUUUCUGUCAAAUCUUUGGUGGGUUGCGAUUAUGCUGUAGAGCUUUGGCCGGCUUCCGAUUUUUUCCCACUACAGUUUUUUAGAGGCUUCACUUUUUCUUUGAUCUUUGGUGGGUUGCGAUUAUGCUGUAGAGCUUUGGCCGGCUUCCGAUUUUUUCCCACUACAGGGUAG